CCGCGUCGUUCGUUCUUCGGCUCGUCGUGCACCACGCGCGCGCUCGUUCGCACGCUCAGUUUGUAUUCGGUAUUCGACUUGAUUCGAUUGAACCGCGGGUGUUUUGCAGGACGUUCAAUCUCAGCCGGUGUUGUACCCGGGGGUGUCUGUCUCGCUACCAGGACACGACGCUCACGCCGACCGGAGGAAUUUAACUUUCGUGCGGGACUCGGCCGGACGAAGAGGAGAGUGGUGCGCAUUGUGCCAUUAGUUGACAAGUGGUUUAAAAAAGCGAAGGACCGACGAGCCGCGGGAAGAAGAAAGAUGCUGCCGCCGCGAAUACUCGGUCUGCUGGUGAUUCUCCUCGCCGUGCAGGGUCUGUGUCAGCCGACCAAGAGCACGGAGGACGAGAAUUACGAGGACGAUCUGCCCUUGGACGAAGAGGAGGAUGACGACGAGGACAUCGAGGAAGGCGAUAUUCUCGGCGCCGUCGGCCCACCGCCGCAAAUCUUAUCGACGCCCGCGAGUGUUCGCGUAGUGGAAGGGAAUACCGCUAUGUUACCCUGCGACGUGAUCCACGCAGAGAGCUACGCGACCGCGUGGAUGAAGGACAAGGAGUAUCUGUACGUCGAGGCGGAUCCGCAUACGCAGGACUCGAGGAUCGUCCGCUUGCCGAACAACACUCUGAUGAUCUACAACGCGUCGGUCAACGACUCAUCCAACAAUUACCAGUGCAUCAUCAUCCACAAGCAGAACAUCGUGCUCACCCACCGUCUGCGGGUCGACCCCAAGUCCGCCGCUACGACCCCGCCGCAGCCUGCGCCUCCGCGGUAUACCACGACGCCGAAGCCGGUCAUCCCGUCGCAGCACUCGCACCGGAGUCUCAUACGCGUGACACCCAUGAAGAAAAUCGAGGCGAACCCGGGACAGAGCAUCACGUUCGGCUGCGAGACGAACAUUCAGCCCCCGCCUGAGAUCAAGUGGUUCGUCGAGAGCAAAAAGCUGGACAACUACGACCCCGACGUGGUGUUGAACGGCAAUUUCAUCACGAUAAAGAAAGUGAAGAAGUCGCACAGCGGUCGGUAUCAGUGUCUCGCCGAGGACGGCUCCAAAGAGCCGGCGAUGGAAGCGAUCACCGUCGUUGUGCACUACCGACCUGAGGUGGAGGCGAAGAAGAGCAUGGUGCACAGCGGCACCGGUGUCGAGUCGGAGAUGAUGUGCAUCGUGAGCGCUUAUCCGAAGGCCAUAAUAAAGUGGUACAAAGACGACAAGGAGAUCACGCAGAAGAAGGGAUCGGCAGUGUUGUAUCACGGGGAAAUGAAGGGGAACAGGACCAAGUACAUCCUGAGGAUCCUGCACACCACGGAGCAGGACUUUGGCGAGUACAAGUGCGUCGCGCAAAACACUAUCGGUCGAGACUCCGAAACUAUCAGACUCACAGGUGUACCUUCGCAAGCGAAACUAUCGGGCGCUGAGAUGACCACUGAUGAUACGGGAAUAAUUCUCAGAUGGCGUCUAGAGAGUUACUCACCGAUCAGCGAGUACAAGCUACAGUAUCGUCGCAAAGGCGAGGAGAACUGGAGCACCGCCGCACCUGAAGUGAAGAACGGUAGAGGAAAUCAAUUUACCGUGGAGUAUCCGAUUGAAGCACUUGAGCCUGUAUCCUACGAGGCGAUCCUCACAUCUAGAAACUCCUUCGGAUGGUCCCCACCGUCCGAACCGCACAUGUUCACCGGUGAUUACCCGCCCGAAAUGGCACGGAAAGAGGAAAGCAGCUCGGCAGCUAUCCAAAUUCGACCGCUCGGAGCUCUCUUAGUGUCGAUCCUAGUCGUUUUAUCUUGUGCCUUCACAAGUCUGUAACUUACUUAAACUCUGUAAACUACGUAGGUAAUUUGCUGCAGCCAAAGCAUACACCAGCAAACGUCAUGGUGGGUUUAAUAAAGUAAGAACACUUAGGGGAGAGACGCACGCACGCACGCACGCACAUUAAUCGGGUGCGAACUUCAUCCGGAUACGUCCUGCAGUUUUCCGCGCAAGCGCUAUUUGUAACUUACGUUUUAAAUUUUUCUCGAGCGGGCAUUAUCAUGCAAAGUGUACAAGUGAAUUAUACUGUAUUGUUACAUAUGACUUUGUAUAGCCGGAAUUCUUUAGAUUAGUAUUUUUUUACGUUGCGUGUGGCGCACGCGCGCGCUCACACACACACACACACGCACAGAGCUCGCCUAGGUGUUCCGUGAAAACGCGUUGUAAAGGAAAGGAAACGAGCAUUUCAAUGGUACUCCGUGGAACAACGGAUAAUUAUUAAGGGGUAUUGUACUUUAAAAUAGACGUAUAUAUUUAUAUCUAUCUCUCUAUCCAUCUAUCUCUCUUUCUCUCUCUAUAUAUAUAUAUAUAUAUAUAUUAUCUAUCUAUCUGCACAGGCGCACACACAGUUUCUUACGCAUGCAAUACGUAGGCGGCGUCGUGUGUGCGCGUGUAACGUGUACACGUAACAUAGUAUUCACUGUACAUGCGUAAGAACUCAGAGAUACACAAUCAUUAUUAUAAUUUAUUUUUGUAUGCUUAAGAUUAUAUUAGAGACACGUGUUCAGAAACGUCACGCUUUCGGUGCCAUUUACACACGGCCAUGUACCCUCCCUCACGAGGAAUUAUGUACAUUCGUUUGCGCAACGAUUUGCACGCGUUUUUUUCUUCUUUUUUUAUUCUCAAUGAAAUUUUCAGUGAAAUUGUUCACGUUCCUUUGCACGAUAAUCGGUUAUGACGAAAGCAGCAAGACAGCACACAGUAUGAAUUACAAUUCGUUUUAUUAUACUCCUGGUUGGUAGACAAAACUAUGAUCAGAAUACCUACAUUUGUUCAAAAUCCUCGGCUCUAGUUGUGUCGAUCUCUCAGAUUCAUAUAGUAGUAAUUACUUUAGUUUCCGCCUUCGGCAACCGAUUAUCGUGUAAGCUUGUGAUUAGUAGCUCGUGACCAUUUGAUGUGCUCGUAACUUGACCCGAAAAAAAGAGAAAAAACGAGUGCAAACGAAUGUACAGACAACGGCAUCUUUAUGCAAAAAAAAAAUGGAAAAAAAAAGAAGAAAAAGAAUGUCCGCAGUGCACGCGUGUGAAAGGGCAUGUACCUAUAUAAUAGCGGAAAAGUAACGUUAUAUAGAGAGUAUACUAUUACAAUGAAUAAUGUGCGAUGCGUAUAUGCGAAGUAGUACAGAGUUGGAAGCAAGCAUACAGAUGAUCGCUGUGCAAGAAGAUUUGUCUAUAACGUCCCCGUUGCCUCGUAUGUUUGCUCCCAACACGAAAGCAAAGGUCCUUUUUUUAAUUUUUUUUUUUUAAUUUACGCCUGAAGUGCGAAUAAUGCGCGCGUAUGUGUGUGUGUAGACCGAGUGGCUGGCGAAUAUGCGAGAGAGUGUCGUUCUAUUAAAGUUUCCCAGAAACAGUUUUCGCUAGCUUUUAUCGCGCUAUGAGAAAUAUGUUGUUAUAUUGAUUGAUAUAAUUAAUGUUACGUACAUGCACAUAUAUGCACACGCGCGCAACCCACACACACAUAUAUAUAUAUAUAUAUAUAUAUAUGUAUGCCAUACAUACGUACAUAUGU